AUGAGGGCCUUCCUCGUCCUCGCCGCUCUCGCGACCUCGUCCGCCCUCAAGGUUGCUGACCCGGCCACCAAGGUGGCCACCAAGGUGCCCGCCGCCAAGCUGCCGUCCUCGGCCGCCAGCGCUCUCGCGCUCCGCGGCGGCGGUGUGGUGAGCGGCAGCGUGUGGCUCAAGUCCUUUUCCGCCUUCAUGGGGAUGUAUGCAGUCGGCUUCGUGCUCGCGCCGGCCACGGUGAUCGAGCAGAAUUUCGACACGCCGUACGACAAGUACCACCUCUUCAUCUCGCGGCUCUCGGGCAUCGCGUUCCUCACGCUCAUCUACACGUUCAGCACGAUGGAGACGGCCGCGGCCGUGCCCAUCGCCCUCACGAUGGCUUGCCUCACGGCGGUAUUCGGGCCGAUCUACGCCGAGCUGAAGCUCGAGACGAAGCCAGCGCACAAGAUGGCCUUCCUCAUGGCGCCCCUGAUCGUCUCGGGCUUCCUGGCGCUCUAA